GCCAGCCGGUAAAAUAUGGGCUCUACCCACAGAGGCACAAUCUAUCAUGUGGUCAAGACAAAUAAAGUUGGGUCCAAGGUAGCAGUUUCGGCACAGAAAGGGGCCGAGUUUACUAACACAACCCCUCAGCGAGGACACGAAUACGAUCUUGCCUCAAGCCAGCGGUGUAGCACGACCUCCAUGAUCCCUUCAGCCCAUCGAAGAUCAGAAGCUGGGCAUUCCACCAUUCCCCAUUUAGCAUCAGAGUACCCUCGAUCUAGCUCCCCCCACUCAGGGCCAGGCCUCUCUGGAGCACCGAGCUGUCGAACCGAGACCCGAUCAAAAUCUGAAGCAUACCGCCAUGCCGUCCAGAUGCAGCGGAAUGUUAGUGCAUCCAGAGAGGAAGCAACUAGAAGAGGGGGUGAGAGCAAACCAGGGCAUGAUAUCAAUAAUCACUACUCAUUAAUUCCAGAUGCCAAAUCCUCUCGCCGGUUGAGUUUUGUCGACCAGAAGGACAACUUCACAAUCUUACAAGAAGACCCACCCUCCAAGGUCCAGUACCCACAAGGGGUCAGAGUUCCCCAUAGGCCUUUGGUUUAUCCAAAGGAUGAAGCAGUCCAAACUGAGCCCACUCGAAAGAGUUUGACUGCUGCUGAUAUCAGAUCUCCAAGGAGAUCCUCUAGCCCAGAACGCAGUGGCAGCCGCAUCUCUACAGACUCUCGACCAACCCAGAGAAGGAUCCCUGGCCAAGAAUCUGAAAUGGGCUGUCGAAACUCAAUUUACACAGAACCUAAGGCCUUGCAUAGAAGUAUAAACUUGGAAUCAUCCCUCAGACUCUCCUUCCUUAAAGAUUUGGAUGGUGGACACAAAGUUUCUAUGCACCCAGAGCCUCAGUCUAUCCGCAAGCAUUCUGUCUGCACCGAAACCAAGUCUUUCCCAAAGGUCUUAAUAUCAUCAGAAGUGGAGCCCAACGUGAAGUCCUCAAUCCGAGGAGACAGUGAAGGUGGCCGCAAAGUCACCAUCUCCCCCGGGGGACAGUCAGCUUCCCGUGUGACAUCUCGAGCCGUGUCUGAGAGCCCCCGCAAAUCUUCCACGUUUGUCACUCCAGAGCCCAUCUAUAAGCAGCAUACCACAAGAACCUCAAAAAGUACUUAUGUGUCCUCAGGACCCACACUUAGGCAUCCAGAGCCCUCCGGAAAGCCCUCUGUCUAUGCAGAACUGGAACUGACCCCUCGGCCCUUACCCCCUCGGUCCUUACAGAGAUACGGGCCAGACUCCUCAUGGUGGGCCUUACUCAACCCUGAAGUUGAAAUGCCCCAAAGCCGGCCAAUAACACUUGACUCCGAGCCUAAGUCCCCUUCUCCCAUAGACCCUUCAAUGCCCUUUUCUGAAAUGGAAUCAAGCCCUUUCUGUGAGGAUCUCAUGUUCCAGAGAGGGAAGGCAAGCCCAUCACCACCACCAUCACCAAAGGAGUCUCCAAGCCCGGAAACGCUGAGGGAAGUGCCACAGGUUCCCAAGCACACCUCCAAACAACCCAUUCAAAGGUUUAGUGCUUUCUUCUUGGAUGUCUCUGAGGAAAUGUACAAUCGUGUCAUCUGGUGGCUAAAAGAUGAGGAGAUCAAGCGCUUUCUGGAGGACGCAGAUGAUGCAGAACUGAACAAGUUCGUGAAGGAUUUCCCAGGAAGCGAGACCUACCACCAACCAGAGGCCAAGACCUGGGUGUCCAGGCCCCAAAUCCUGGAGCCGAGGCCCCAGGCCUCGGACCUCUGUCAGGAUGACCUGGAAUUCAGACGCCCUUCGUGGCCCCAGCCCUCUGACAGCCAGCAGUACAUCUCUGCCUCAGCCCCUCUCAGCCCCUCAGCCCGGCCCCGCAGCCCGUGGGGCAAGCUCGAUCCCUAUGACUCCUCUGAGGAUGACAAGGAGUAUGUGGGCUUUGCGACCCUCCCCAAUCAAGUCCACCGAAAGUCCGUGAAGAAAGGUUUUGACUUUACCCUCAUGGUGGCAGGAGAGUCUGGUCUGGGGAAAUCCACUCUCGUCAAUAGCCUCUUCCUCACUGAUCUGUACCGGGACCGGAAACUCCUCAGUGCUGAAGAGCGGAUCAUGCAAACAGUGGAGAUCACUAAACAUGCAGUGGACAUAGAAGAGAAGGGUGUGAAGCUGCGGCUCACCAUUGUGGACACACCGGGUUUUGGGGAUGCGGUCAACAACACAGAGUGCUGGAAGCCUGUGGCGGAAUACAUCGACCAGCAGUUUGAGCAGUAUUUCCGAGAUGAGAGUGGCCUGAACCGCAAGAACAUCCAAGACAACAGGGUGCACUGCUGCCUGUACUUCAUCUCGCCCUUUGGCCACGGGCUCCGGCCAUUGGAUGUUGAAUUUAUGAAGGCCCUGCAUCAGCGGGUCAACGUCGUGCCUAUCUUGGCAAAGGCGGACACACUGACACCUCCAGAAGUGGAGCGCAAGAAACGCAAAAUCCGGGAGGAGAUUGAGCACUUUGGAAUCAAGGUGUACCAGUUCCCAGACUGUGACUCUGACGAGGAUGAGGACUUCAAAUUACAGGACCAAGCCCUAAAGGAAAGCAUCCCAUUUGCUGUAAUUGGCAGCAACACUGUGGUAGAGGCCAGAGGGCGGCGAGUUCGGGGCCGGCUCUACCCCUGGGGCAUUGUGGAAGUGGAAAACCCAGGGCACUGCGACUUUGUGAAGCUGCGGACAAUGCUGGUGCGUACUCACAUGCAGGACCUGAAGGACGUGACCCGGGAGACACAUUAUGAGAACUACCGGGCACAGUGCAUCCAGAGCAUGACCCGCCUGGUGGUGAAAGAACGGAAUCGCAACAAACUGACUCGAGAGAGUGGUACCGACUUCCCCAUUCCUGCUGUCCCACCAGGGACAGAUCCAGAAACCGAGAGGCUGAUCCGAGAGAAAGAUGAGGAGCUGCGACGGAUGCAGGAGAUGCUGCACAAAAUCCAAAGACAGAUGAAGGAGACCCAUUAGCCGGCUUUCAGCCUUGAAUAUUUAAACGCCGCCUCUUCGUCCUGCCUAUGCCGGCCCCUCCCAGCACCAGUUCUGCUCAGGCCCCUGCAGCUACUGCCACUUCGCCUUACAUCCCUGCUGCCUCCCCAGAGACUCAGAGGAAAUAAAGUUUAACAAAUCU